GACAAUGUUGUAAUUCCAGUGGAAGAUGAGAGACUAACCUGUGCCUUGGCUAAGCUGACUAAUCACUUGACUAAUCUCUUUAAAACAACGAAUAUCACGGAUUUUUGAUAUAGCUACUUUUUAAAUUAAAAUGCAUUUUAUUUUAUUUUAUUUCUUUGUUUGAAUGUUCAGCAUUUCAGUGUUCACUUGCCUGUGCAUUUAUCAAAAUGUAUUUAAUUGGGAAUGAGGGGAAAUCGGAAAGGAAGACAUUUAAAUGGGUCUCACUGGACCUACCUGUUCAAUAAGACCUACUCACUCACUGACAUCACCUUCCGCUUGACAAAGUAGUCCUACUGCUUUGAAUGAUUCCUUAUGAAUUUCUUCUUAUAACAUUAUAUCAUAAUAUCAUGUAUCAUGUGAUCUUAGUUGAAAAUAAGCGGAAAUUUAAAAUGACAGCUGUGAAGAUGUUAAAUAUUCGAAGUAGAGGAAAUCCCGCCAUGGCGUAAGGAUACAGUUUCUUCCAGACCCAGUGAGUGACAGGCGGGAGGGAGAUCACUUCAUCUGUUGAAGGCGGCUGAAGGACGUGGAUGUGGAGCGGAAUAAGCGGGUGGACUGAAAAAGAACACAAUGACUGAAGAUGUAAACCAAAAAGAGGCAGAAAAGGCUCUCCAAAUGGUUCACUGGGGCAAGAGACAGGGGUGGAAAGAGGGCCGUUAGAGCACAGCAGGAGAGAUGACCAUCUCCAGGAGUGUGAUGAGUUGUUUGAGUCCAAAUAUUUUAACACUGUAAUGUUCAACAUGUUUAUUUUUUUUAUUUUUAUUUAUUUUUUUGUACUUCUACAUUGUUAGUGUAGUUCAGUUAAAAGAGCACUGAUGUUUCUAAAAAGGGGCAGUUCACCCAAAAAUGAACAUUCUGUCAUCACUGACUCGCCCUCAUGUCUUUCCAAAACCUUAAGACUUUCAUUCAUCUUUGGAUCACAAAAAAGAUAUUUUUCAUGAUAUCUGCAAGAUUUAUGUCCCUCUGUUGAAAGUUUAUUCCCCCAAAAUUCUGAUGCUUCAGAAUAUUUGUAAAGAGAUAAAAAAUUAAUCAAAAUGAAUCCAGUGGUUUAAUCCAAGUCUUCUGAAAAGUCAUUAUGACUUUAUAUGAUGAACAGAUCUAAUUUAGGCUUUUAUUUACAUAUAAACAUCGAUCAGCCAACAAUGUUUACAGCAUUCAGUUUUGGUAAAUAGAAGCACAUGCUUGAUUCUGUUUAUAUUAGUCGUUUAGCAUUUAUAUGUGAAUAAAACCUUAAUUAAAUCUAUCAGAUAAAGUGAUCAUGUCUUUUCAGAAGACUGUGAUUAAACUUCUUGAUUCAUAUAAAUUUGUUUUACAAUCUUUUUAUGAAUUUUUUGAAGUGCCUGAGUUUUGGGGAAAUAGACUUUCAACAGAAGGACUGAAAUUUCACAUAUUUCAGUAAAAAUGGCUUCAUUUGUGUUCUGAAAAUAAAAUAAUUUCUUAUGGGUUUUUGAGCUUAUCAAAGCUGUAGUUCAGGGCCUGAGGAUAUUGAUGAAAUGCUUCCAGCCUCACUUACAAUAUUUCUGCAGGAGUGGGCUACAAAACACCUCAUCACACAUAAUGCCAUUGAUGACCUCCUGAGGGGGCUUAAAAAAUAUGCACAUCCAGAAUUGCCUUCAACAGCAAGAACCUUGCUGCAAACUCCUAGACACAUUAAAACAUGUAUGAAGUCAGGGAUGGAGUGUGUUCAUUUUAACAUAAGAGAGCACCUAAGUAGCAGCUGCACCACUACCCAAGGGAGAUAACAGAAAAAAUAACAACACUGGAGAUUUCAUUUAAUAUUGAUGGACUGCCUGUCUUUCCUGUGACACUGACACAUGGUCCUUCCAAACCAACAAGUUUAGAUUUUAUUGAGGAAGCCAUGAAAGACAUCCAGCAACUCCUUGAAAAUGGACAAGGAUAUUAUGGGUGUGAUAAAUGCCCUCAGAGGGGCAUGUGGGUUUCUGGGUGUGUUACUUACCCAGAGGUGGAUAAUCUCACUCUACACACAGAUGAGACACAUCGUGCUGAAAUGGAAAGACGUCAGGAUGAUGAGGCCAUUCCAGUGUCUCCAUUUUUAAGGCUGCCAUUGGACAUGAUUGACCAAUUUCCAGUAGACUACAUGCACCAAGCCUGCCUGGGGGUUACAAAAAAAAUGAUCACAAAGUGGAUUAGAGGUGACCGGAAUGUGCGAAUGUCUGCUGGACAAAUUGAUGAAGUGUCCCAAAGGCUGCUGUCAUACAGGAAGAGCAUUCCAAGCAGUUUUGCAAGAAAACCAAGGCGUCUAGAAGACAUAGAUAGGUGGAAGGCAACUGAACUGCAGCAGUUUGCUGUGUACACUGGCAAGAUUGCAUUAAAGGGAAUUCUAGCUGAUCAACUGUAUGACCAUUUCAUGAUAUUCAGUGUUGCCUUGGGCCUUCUUCUUUCACCUAACUUGGCAGUGGAAUACAACAGCUAUAGCACUGAGCUGAUGACUUAUUUUGUUGCAAAAAUAAAAGAGCUAUAUGGAGACCAUUUCAUGGUGUACAACAUCCAUUCAAUGGUACAUCUACCAGCAGAGGCAAUGAAUUUUGGCACUCUUGAUGCUUGCAGUGCAUUCCCAUUUGAAAACUUUCUUGCAAAGCUCAAGCGACUCAUAAGGUCAGGAAAACAGCCUCUUAUUCAAGUGGCUAAGCGUUUUGUGGAGAUCUCAAAUUGUCCACAGACACAAUCUGUGAUAGUCACAAAGUCCAAAAUCACAAGACCAAACAAUGCCUUUAUUCUUGGGGAAGGAAAAUGCUGUGAGGCCAUAGAAGAGAGAGAUGAGUUGGAUGAGUCGGGUUCCCCAAUGAUAUUGUGCAAGGUUUUUGAAAAAUCUGAACCAUAUUUCAGAGACCCAUGUGAUUCACGAAUUAUUGGCUGUUUUAAAGUUCAUUCAAGACAAUCAGUAAUGAAACUCGUCCCAGAAUGGCAGCUGACAAGAACGGCCAUAAUGGUGGAAAAAAAUAAGGGAGAAUUUUUUUGGCCAUCCUGCAUAAGCUUUAACUCUCUCUCUCUCUCUCUCUCUCUAUUUCACACACACACACACACACACACUCUUACCAUAGCAUAGCUCACAACCUAACAUGACAAACCUCAGACAAUCACGAACUUAUCAUUGUACCAAUCUCCAAUGUCUCCCUCAUGAUAAACAGGUAGGCCAAAGCGGACAGUAAUCACAACCUCAUCCACAACCUUAUCAUAAGAAAUAGGAUAUUGAAUGUAUUUGUUGUAUUAAUUAAUUAAUCAGUCUACUAAUUUGUCUGUUUUAUCUCUAAACAGAUGGAGAGAAAAAAUUUGCAUUGGUGGAAUUUGCAGAUGACAAUUCAGUGGAAAUUAUUCCCACCACUUGGUUGGAAGAAACCACUGAAGGAAUGUUCUGUUACUGGACAUUUUCCAAAACAAGGCAGUUGGUCAGAAAUAAUGCACUGCCUGACAAACAACAGUGGAGGCGGUUCCAAAUAAAGAGAAUUUGGCUAAAAACAGACUCGUAUACCAAAGCUGUCCAGAAAUGCUGUCGCGUCGCUGAGACCUCAAACAUUGAAAGUGAGGACACAACAAAUAAAAAAAGGGCACACAAAAAGCCAAGUAGAUUUCAGUCUGACACUGAAAUCUCCUCAGAUGGAGCAACACAAGAAUUUCAAGACACUAAAGUCGACUGAGGUGGAAGAUUUCAUUUCAUUGGCCCUGAAAUUUGCACCACAUAGGAAUUUAAAAUGGUAACCACAUUGUAUUAGAACAUUUUUAACUGAGUAUCAACUAAGAGUACCGAUGUAGAAGUGUUUGUAUCUUACAUUCCCUUUUCCACAGCGACAUCUAGGGGUAAAUAAAUGCUGAAAGAUACUAUAUUAAAAAUAACUUAAAGAGCUGUACUAUUACGUUUGGUCUAUUACGGUGAAUAUUUUAAACAAAUAUGAUGUUAUUAUUAUUAUUAUUAUUAUUAUUAUUAUUAAAACUAAAACUACAAAAACAUCUUCACAUAAUUAGCAAUCAAUAGAUCUAUAAUUAACAUUCAGUUACUGUUUUUGCAUAUCGCAUGACAUUUUGAUAUUUUACAACCACACAGUUCAUAAACAAGUUGAACAGAUAAACUAAAUGAUUUGUUAAUUUACAUCUAAGAGCAGUGAUAAAUGCCUUUAAUUAUCUAAAUAAAUGAUAAUUAAAUGAAUUAAAAUAAUUGAUUGUUAAAUGACUAAAUUAAAGGAAGAUCAUUGUGUUUAGGGAUAAAAACAUAUUGUCUCAUUGUAUACCAGCAGGUUUUAAAGAAAUGCAAGAGUUUUUAAUGUUUUCCACUUCCUUGGAAUAAUUUAAGAAGAUGAAUUUUAGAAGAUAUUUUUAAGACGAUGUAGAUUUCAUUGCUGUUCCGCAAACGCGGCCGUGCUUCAUGAUAAAAAAGGCUUAUAUAAUAGACGUUUAUUUAUUUAACUGUUCAUCUAAAUCUUAUCUAAUGUCCAUGUGACUUAUUUCUUAUUUCUUUGUUACAUUUGCAGCUGACGGUGCUCGAAGACAUUUAACUCGUUAUAUAGUUACAAAUGUUUUUAUUGUUAUUAUUGUAAUAUAUAUAUAUAUAUAUAUAUUCAUGUAUUACUGUUUUGACUUUCCGACUCUUUUUUUACGUCAUUUUGUGUAAACAGUUAAAACAAAUGAUCAAUAAAAACAUUUAAAACAACAGAA